CCUGAAUUAAAGGAGCGCGGAGUGAUCAGGUGGAGGCAGAAGCAGCAGCGAGUGGGCGAGAGCGCGGAGCGGACGAAGGCUGGAGCGGACUGAACAGCACCAAGUAUGUCACAAAGCAGGACUUUCCUCUCUGGGCUUCUCCUGUUCACUACCACAGCUGCCCUACAAGUUGACAUUAUGCCUCCUCAAGGAGAAGUCAGUGUGGGAGAGUCAAAGUUUUUCCUCUGCACUGUGACUGGAGAAGCCAACAGCAUUUCCUGGUACUUGCCAAAUGGUGACAAAAUUGAUCCCAAUCAACAGCGAAUUGCUGUGGCGACAGUAAACGUGGUUUCCUCAAGUCUGACCCUCUACGAUGCCAAUGUCGAUGAUGCUGGCGUAUAUAAAUGCGUUGCAACCUCAAGGGAUGGGAAUGAAUCCGAGGCUACGGUGAACGUCAAAAUCUACCAGAAGCUGGAGUUCAGGAAUGCCCCUUCACCACAAGAGUUCAAAGUGGGUGAGGAUGCUGUUGUUGUUUGUGACUCGGUCAGCUCACCCCCAGCAACUAUCACCUGGAAAACCCGAGGGAAGGAUGUUCUGCUGAAGAGAGAUGUUCGUUUCACAAUGUUGCCCAACAACUACUUGUUAAUCCGCAACAUUAGGAAGACAGAUGAAGGUACUUAUCGAUGUGAAGGGAGAAUCGCUGCUCGUGGUGAAAUCAAAUUCAAGGAUAUUAAGGUUAUUGUGAAUGUUCCUCCCACCAUCCACGUCAGAGAAAUGGUGGUGAAUGCCACGGCGCACAGCGAGCAGUUGGUCACUUUGGCCUGUGAGGCAGAUGGUUUCCCUAAGCCAAAGGUGAUUUGGCAAAGAGGCGAUGUUAUGAUCACAGCAGAUGGCGAUAAAUACUCUCUGAGCGAAGAUGGAUCCGAACUGACAAUAAACAAGGUCGGAAAGCAGGACGAUGGAGAAUAUAUCUGUAUUGCCCAGAAUAAGGCCGGUGACUUUGAGAUGGAAAUCACACUCCAAGUUUUUGUGAAACCUGAAAUUACUUAUGCGGAAAAUAAGACAGUGGUGGAGCUGGAAUCUCAGAUUACACUGACCUGCGAGGCCAAAGGUGAUCCCACACCAACCAUUACCUGGAUGAAAGGGAGCCACACUUUCAGGGACGGUGAGCAGGCUUCAUGGACACGGCCGCUGACAUUAAAGACCAUGGACGAGAGGAUUGAAGUUCGCAGCAAUGCAAGAGUUUCUUCACUGACACUCAAGGACAUACAGCACACUGACUCGGGUGAAUAUGAGUGCAAAGCCAGAAACUCAAUUGGCCAGGACUCCGAGUCCAUGUACCUUGAAGUUCUUUAUGCACCUAAGCUGCAGGGCACUGUUACUGUCUAUACAUGGGAGGGGAACCCUGUGAAUAUCACCUGCAAGGUCCUUGCCCACCCUCAUGCUCAGGUAACCUGGUUUCGAGAUGGACAACAGUUGCCAAGCUCCAACUACAGCACCAUUAAGAUCUUCAGCACUCAGUCCACCAGCUAUCUUCAGGUCACUCCUGAUUCGGAAAAUGACUUUGGUCCCUACAACUGCACAGCUGGCAACCGUGUCGGUGUUGAGUCUAAGGAGUUCAUUCUGGUGCAAGCUGAGACUCCAUCUGCUCCGACCGUGUUGACUACCGUUCCGUAUUCCAGCUCAGCACAGAUUAAAGUGGAGGAACCUGAAUCAACUGGCGGUGUCCCAGUCCUCAAGUACCUGGUCGAGUGGAAAGUUCAGGGCACUGAUGAGUGGUUCACUAAAAAUGCAGAUGCAAAGGAAGUUCUAGGUUCCGAGAAUGCCAUUACCAUCAGUGGACUCUUUCCAGAGACCACAUAUAACCUUCGGUUAUCUGCUGUGAAUGGGAAGGGAACUGGUGACGCCAGCCAGAUCAUUACGUUCACAACACAGCAAGUUCGAGAACCAAGUCCACCUAAACUUGAAGAACAUGCACUGGGAAGUGGAAAUAUUUACAAGGUCAACUGGAUCAAGCAGGAUGACGGAGGGUCCCCUAUUCGCCACUACCUGGUCAGAUAUAAAGCUAAACAUCACUCCAACUGGAAGCCUGAGAUGAAACUGCCAGCUGAUAGUGAAUAUGUUAUUCUCGGAAACCUGGAGUGGAACUCAGAAUAUGAAGUGUAUGUGGUGGCUGAGAAUCGGCAAGGCAGAUCAGAGGCAGGUUCCAUCUCCUUCCGAACCUCUGUGGAACCCACUGUCGUCCCAGAAGCUGACCCAUCGAAUGAUUCAGGCCUGGGCACCGGUGCCAUUGUUGGGAUUUUGAUUGUCGUUUUCCUUGUCUUGCUGGUGGCCGUGGAUGUUACCUGCUACUUCAUCAAUAAGUGCGGCCUGCUAAUGUGCAUUGCCGUAAACUUCUGCGGUCAGCCCGGGCCUGGGUCAAAGGGCAAAGACAUCGAAGAGGGAAAAGCUGCAUUCUCGAAGGACGAGUCAAAAGAGCCUAUCGUGGAGGUACGAACUGAAGAGGAACGAACACCAAACCAUGAUGGUGGAAGCCAAAUGGAGCCAAAUGAAACCACCCCACUGACAGAGCCUGAGCAUGCAGCUGAUAUCCAGGCUACUGUCGAGGACAUGUUGCCUUCUGUCACCACAGUGACCACUAACUCUGACACUAUCACUGAGACAUUUGCCACGGCUCAAAACAGCCCAACGAGUGAGACGACAACACUCACCUCCAGCGCUGCUCUCCCAGCCUCGACCACUCCUGAGCCGGCAGCCGGCACGGCUGCCACACCUCACACUCCCAAGGCAGCCGUGGCAUCACCCACCUCACCUUCCUUGCCUCAGGCUGGGGCAGCUCCCAAGGUCGCCCCCCUAGUCGAUCUCAGUGACGCUUCUGCCUUGGUCUCCUCACCUCCUUCCACCUCGGCCUCCAGUGCCCCAGCCUUGACAGCUGGCUCCGGCCAGGCCUCUGCCCCAGAGCCUGUUACUGGAGCAGGAGAGGAGACCACGAUAGCUCCUGCCAACAGCAGCAAGCCCCCUGGCCCAGUCCCCAGCCCUGGAAACCCCUCUAGUCCCCCGGCUACAACAGUGCCACAGCAACCCAAGCCAGAAACUCCAAUGGCUGCCAAGAGCCCCGAAUCAGAAGUUCCCAAGGCCAGCCCAGUGAAGAGCCCAGUAGAAGUGACAAGUAACUCCACCAGUGUGAAGGAAGAGGCUGUUACAGAGAGCAGCAAAAAACCCUCCAAGGGCGAGGACUUUCCAAAUGACGGAGGGACCUUCAAGACCUCAGACAUUGAUCUUGCAGAGGAUGUUUUUGCAGCUCUUGGCAAUUCUUCUCUUCCCACUGUGGCUGGUGGGAAAGCUACUGACCUUGCUUCUACCACUGCAGACUCUGCUUUAUCAUCUGCUCCAGAGAAGGAAGAGAAGGUCCCCUUAGAGGAGAAGCCCAAACAAGAAGGGACAGAAGUAAAGAUGGUUCCCAAUGAAGCCACACAAACAAAUGAGAAUGAAAGCAAAGCAUGAUCAAAACAAACCAGAAACCACUCUCCCUUCGGUGUCUCUUUUAUUAUUUUUCAACAUGUUUUCCUGUUUGUAGAUUUCAGCUCAGAAGAGGAUCAAUUGUGGCACACUUGCUUUUUUUUUGUAAAAUUCUUUCAUUAAAAGGGUUGACCAUGUGACUAAAAUUAGUAAAGAGGUUUACCUGGGUACUUAAUUGUAGUUGCCAUUUUUCACUGCGCUUAGUAAGGAUUGUGAUAUGUAGAUAACAUGCGAGUUCUUCAGUUAGAGAAACACUGAGCAACACCUUCAAUUUAUUCCCAACUCAUAGAGCCUCAAGUUAAACCAAGUUUUUGGUACAUUCCUGUAGAAACAGCCACAACUGAUUUUUAUCCUCUUUUUUUUUCAAAGUUAAGAAUACCGAUUAAAUCACAGCUUUAUAAAUUACUGUUGUAAGGCUAGAAAUGUGAUUGCUUCACUGUCCAUACAAGUACAUUAUGUGCACAGAGCAUUGCUAUCUUAACCUAUGUUUAUAUUUUUUUUAUUUGCAAGUUUUGAUCCUGAGUUAGCUUUUGACUAAACAAAAGGUUUGUAAAUUUGCAUAUGUGAAGUAUAUUUCAAUUUGCAGUAUUCGAUUUUAUGAAAGGAAUAUUAAUUUUUGCCAACUUUUGUUUUCAGUGUUUAUUGCUUUAAGACUGCGACCAUAAUUGUUUAACCUUGGCCUGUUCUAGUAGUGUGUAAAUGUAACAGGCUUUGUAAUUGUUUUUUAAGCCUGUUCAAUAUGACAAUAGUUUAGCUUGCUUCUGUCAUGUUAUUUUUACUGAAUGGAAGUGUUGGCGUGACCUUCCCUCAAUACUCUUUUGUUAGAUUACAUAUUGCUUACCUGAUCUGCUAUCGGAAUUAAAGUCCUGAAUUAUGCCAUCUGAUUCCACAUCAUAUUAAGACCAGUUUACUCCAUUAAAGUCUUAUAUACAUUUAUGUUAAAUGUUCUUUGCUUGUUUCUGCUGCAAAAUCUCCUUGCAGCUGUGAGAGGCAUUAUAUAGCUCAUUUUUUUGUUUUGAAAGCAAUGUUUCGACUUCUUAAUCUGCAAGCUUUGUGCACUGUGAAUGCGUGAAUAUUAUAGUGUGUUUUUGUCAUUAGUAUUUCAAAGAAACUCAACAUAGCUUGGUUGUGAAAGGUGUAGCAGGUAGUUCUGAAGAUUGUUUGGGAUAAUGCCUUCACUGGGUGGGUAAAUUUAAACAGAAAUAAAGGUGAGGCAAAUCUGUUUGGGCAUGAAUUCCAUGUGAUAUAACUUUUAUUGCCUGUAAUGUUUAAAAAAUGGUUAGACUGGGAGCAUUCCCCAUUAGCACAACCCAAUGGGGUAUUAAUCUUUUCAUGUAUUUUAUUUUGUGUGCAGUCUCAGUACAGUAAUGAUCGCAUUGCUACUUUGUAAGUUCAAACUGUGAAAUACUGGUCUUGUCAUUUGCUUCUGGUGUUUGCAUAGAUUCAACUUUAGGGAUGACAUUGGGGGCAUCUUUUACACCAGGCUGUUGAUCACCUAGGCUAGAUGUGACAAGGCUGCAGCUGGUUACUUCUCAGCUUAUUUACUACUCCAGCAACACAGUGAAAAGCAAUGCCAUUUUUAUUCCAACGCUGCCUUAAAUCAAGCCCCGCUUCCCAAUAUCGCUAUCUAGCUACGUACAUCUAAACUCUCACUUGCUGUAAAAUUUGUGCUGGCUUUAUCACGGGACCAAGUUUACACAGAUAAUUGCAAGCAACCCCUGAUCUCAUAGCGAAAAGAAUAAAUAUUGUCUUAAUUCUAUCAAUAAACAGGUAAAUAAGCAUAAUGAUCAAGGCAGGCAGUUUCCACCUGUGUUGCUCUAGUGAAAUAAGAAGUACAUUGUAAACAAAACACGUUUACUGCUUUGCUUUUGUUACCCGGUAGCAAACAUUGCCCCUGCAAUUCCUCCUCCCCACCCCAAUCCCCAUUAAGAUUGGAGGAAUACUGUCUGAGGCUUUCCUCACACGUACUCACCUGUGACUUUCAUCCCCAGUUACAUCAAUGGGGAGAAAGUCGAGUGCAGAAGAAGGGAGGACCAGUCUUUGUGCCUUGAACAGUUAAAAAAUAGACUUGCAUUCGUUCAAUAGUAAACACAAAGGCUGUACUUCAUCCAUAGAUCAUUAGCAGGACGAAAGCUUUCAGCCUCCACUGUCACCCCUAACACGAAUACCCUGCAUUUAAGGCCCUCUCUCCUGUUGCAGAACUUUUUAUUGAGUGAGGAGCUAACCAAGUUUCCACCAUCACAGGUGUAAAUACUGACUACUAACCAAGAUUUUUGACUUUGCAUUAUGUCAGAUACUUGUGUUCAAUAAAAAUUACAAAAUAUGAUGAA